AACAUUACCAACUCGGCAGGAAACAAACAUUUUUGUGGAGAGAAAAAAUAAAAAGCAUUCAUCAAUAUCAAAAGAAACAAAAAUGUUGAGAGAAAAUCGAAAACAAACAUAGUAUUCAUCAAAGAAAACAUAACAAAAUAAAAACAAAAACAAAAACAAUAGUAACAAUUUAAUCUAUUCACUUACCCUUUGGAGUAAAUAAGGAAAGUGAAAGGAGAGAAUUUCCAUCUCUCCAAAUUCCAAAAUAUUCGGUUUUUCGUUUCUCUCUCCCCUCUCUUUGAGUCCUCAUCAUCUUCACCGAUGGCUAUGGCUAUGUCCAGUGAUGUUUUCAUCUCUUUUAUUCUUCUUAUUGUAACCCUUUCAUGGUUAUGUACCUUUGUAAAUGGUGGUUCAAAUUCAACAACAAUAUAUGAUGAAUUAAGGGCAAAGGGUCUUCCCGUAGGGCUUUUACCAAAAGGAAUAACGAGGUAUGAGAUCAACAGUAGCAGUGGUGAAUUUCAGGUUUGGAUGAAAGAACCUUGUAAUGCAAAGUUUGAAAAUGAGGUUCACUAUGAUCCAAAUAUUAAGGGUACCCUUGGUUAUGGUCAGAUCGGAGAAUUAUCUGGUAUGACUGCUCAAGAACUCUUCUUAUGGUUCCCUGUUAAAGGCAUUCAUGUUGAUCUACCUAGCUCUGGUCUCAUUCACUUCGAUGUUGGUGUUGCUGAUAAACAAUUCUCUUUGUCUCUCUUUGAAGAUCCUCCUGAUUGUAACCCACAGGUUUAUGCUAUUAAUGAUGAUGUGCUGAGAGCCGUUUGGUAGAAGAUCAGAUAAGCAUGUUGCUGCAUUUCAGAACUAUAGAUCAAAUAUCUCAAUCAGCCUAUCUGUGCAUGUGGUUGGUCUUGUGAAAUUGUUUUAUGUACAGUCACAGUCUUUUUAUUUUUCUGCUUGGAUUGGAAUCAAUCACCUCUGUCAGGGGACAAAGGACGACAAUUUUGAUGGUCAGCUACUUGACCUAUGGUUUUGGGCUUUUGGAAAAAUCUGUGAUAAUCAGGGAUGUUGGAUAUGGUUGGUUUUUCUAAUAAUGUUCUAUUUAGUAGUAAGGUUUUAUUAUCUGUAUUUUGGUAUUUUUACUUUUGCACACAAGUUUUUCAGGCUUGUUUUGUGUAGACUCAACUAUUUUAAUAAAUUAGUAUAGCAUAAUGUGUUGGUGGUUCUUGUAUUGUAACUAAUUUUGAUUUGAUUCCUCUAUGCCUACAAUUAUGUUGCGAGUA